GAAGGCCUCUGGGACCAGCCGGCUCAGCGGAGAUGUAAAUGCGAGGAGAGGGCGUGUGGGGGAUGGGCAUCCCAGGGAGAGGAAAUGGGAGGGGGAAGACAGGAGGUUGUUGACCCUAUUCGAGGAACGGCCAGGAGCCCUGUGGGGCUGGAGUGGAGGAGUGAAGGGGAGGCUGGUGCAGUCCGGAUGGAGUGGGGGCCAGGUCAUUCCCUUGGGGCCUUGUAGCCCAGACGUGGGAAGAGAAGUUGUUGGGAAUGACUGGAUUCUCUGCGUCUUCUAAAACGAUCCCUGGCGCUGUCUUGAGGUGAAUGGACUGAAGCAGGGAGCCCUGUUAGGCGCCCAGACUCAGGCAUAUAAGCGGUGUGCACGUUUCUUCCGCGAAGGCAGAGGCUUGGUCUGUUUCACUCACUAUAGAACAGAACUCCCAGAACAGUGCCAGGCCCACAGUAGAUGUUUCCUAAAAGUUCGGGAACUGUUGUUGAAACGGAGAGACGAAUGAAGCAAAGAACGGCUCCAGGGUCUCGGACGGCCUGAGGUCAUCUGGAAGAUUUUUCAAGCUGUCCCUCGCCUCCCUGUGUUGCUCACCAUGGAAGAGAUGGAGAAGACUGGUAUUCAGCUGCAGAGACCUAUAAAGACAGAGUGGAAUCCCCGGUGUGUCCUCUUCACCUAUUUCCAAGGGGACAUCGGCAGUGUAGUGGAUGAGCACUUCUCCAGAGCUCUGCGCAAUGUCAGGAGCCCCGAGGGCUUGAGCCCCUCAACCCAGAGCCCAGACGUGAUGCUGAGGAAUGAUAGUGACAUGCCUCCAAAUCAGUGGCGUUUCUCUUCCCAGUGGACAAAGCCAGAGUCAGAAGCAUCUUUUGCUUAUGGUGCCACCAACUGCAGCUUGAAUGGGCCCAGUGUCCCGAUGCCGGAUCAGUACCCAGUGCCCCUGGCGGGGAGCCCCUCUGAUCCGUCUGACGAGCCGUGGCAGUACCCCUUCCUGGGCAGCCCCAGCUGCUCAGAGCCUGGCUACUCUCAUGCCUACUCCAGUGAGCACAUGGUUCUAGAACCCCAGCCCGAUGGGAAAUAUGAGCCCUUUCUAAGUCUCCUCCAGCAAGACCAACACCUCGCCCAUCCUCAGGAAUCUGCCGUGUGGGAGGACUACAGCUCUGCCCAGGUAGCCGGAGGCCCCGGAUCGCUCUGCGACUUGCCUCCCAGCUCAGCCCACGAAAGCCAGUCGCCAGAGCGAAGAAAUGUGUUCUUCUAUUGAACCUCAGUCCGAAGAAGAGAACUCCUAUUCCCAAACCUGCUCAUGAUUUUCUACUGUGAAUCCAGAGUCUAGAGAUGGCAGCGUCCUUUUUUCUUUCCAUCACUAAAGAGCAUCGAGCCAAGAACGUUGCUGUUCCCCUUAAAAUACGAUCUUCUCUUCUUUGGCAUCUACGUCCUGUGGUGGGAGUUUUCACACGUUAGUGACUCACCAACACAGGGAACCAUGAAAAGAGCGGUUCAGGGUUGAGAACCGUAGCGGACCCCUGCCUGCCUCUCCCACCUUCCCUGUACUAACCCUCCUACUUAGAAAUCAGUCCCCUUACCCUCUACCAGCAGGGUUUUUCAAACCAAGACUGACGCUGGGGUGUCCUGCGGGGUAUGGUCCCAAUUUGCCCAGUGAACAGAGAUACCAGGAAUGGCCGGCAGCUUUCUAGCCUUAAUCCAGACCCUGACCAGCCGCACUCCUGCCUCUGCCAAAGGCAGAAUGAAAACAGGGUGGGCAAGACCCAUUGAGGAAGUUGAGGCUGGGCAUUGCCUGCAUCCUCAGAGUCUAGAAGGAAGCUGAGAAGGUUUGGGAAGGCUCUGGUGAAUGAAGUUCUUUUGCUUGGAAUUUUUGAUACCUCCGUUCUAAAAAAAAAAGUAAUUCCAAAUGGAGUUGUUGAGAAACCUGAGAAUGAACGUAUUGGAAAUUAGUUAGCAGACUGCCCCGUUCCAGACUGGGCCUCGACUAAGUUCUGUGCCAAGAGCAUUUCUUAGUUGCGGUUCCCUGAGUUUCUUUCUGCCCUCACUUUGAGGCUGGGGACUCUGGUAUCGCCUGCCCCCCCCCCACCGCAGGUGUUAAGCUGGACCCUGGUGACCCCUUCCAGCCACCCCCAGGGGCCCACCUGGCUUGCACAAACAAUGAAACCUUCCCCUUAGCUCUUUCAGUGUCAGUGACAAGGUCUCCCUAUCAUACUACUUAUUGAGGGUUAACGCCAAUGUGACUCUUGGAUCUUUUUCCUCCCAUCUGCUGUGUAAAUAAAGACCACAGAUCUUGCAUGAGUGAAUGUGUGACCUUGGCAGUGUAAUACAGUAACUGUCUCGAGACUACGUUUUUUCCUGAUAUGGUACAUAUGUUUCCUAGAUUUAGUGAGAGAAAAGAUACUUGGCUAAUACAGUUUCUUUCAGAGUUAUUUACCUUCAAAAGCCAUGUUCUUUUUUAGGUGAUGGUUGGAGAAAUUCAGUGUGGGGGCUGGUCCUAGCGCUUGUGAUGUGUAAUUAUACAAGUGUGCGCUUCUCUUGGCUGCCGCUGGAAAGAUUCAUCUGCGCUCAAAGAUAAUAUGUACCAUCAGGAUUGAACUCUUAAUAUGCUAUUUGGGGAAAAAGAAGAAAUGAUUCCAAGAAGGUUGGCAUUUUCCGCAGCUUGGUAAAAUCUGAUAACACUUCCUUGCAGAUUCCGAAGCUCUCUUGGAUGAAGCUGAAAGCUGUAAUUCAUUUCCCCACAGUAAUAAAGAGGGAAGCAAGGUCUCCUGCCUCUGAGAGACCCCUGCCCUGCCAGCAUACAACAGUCACUCCCCACCCAGAUCAACUCCUGCUUAAGCCUGGACUUAAGUCCCACCUCACUUCCAAAAAGUUGACUCGCAAAGCAUUUCUUUGACUCACUUUUGGCAUUUUACUCUUGGAAUUAAAAAUUAGCAUGCAAAGUUGGGGUGGCUGGCCCUGUGUGUUGUCUGGGGGGUUCAUCUACACUCCUCGUUGAUAAUCUUGUGAGAUGCUAGUUUGGGGGUGAGGGGUGUAGAAUUAGCAGAUGGGUUCUUUUUCUACAAUUUUGGGGAAUGGGCAAGUGACAUGGUUGACUGACUCUUCAGCUGCUGCCCCAAACAAACAAACAAGAAAAAGGUGACAACUUCCUUUUUCUAGUAGCAAAGACCAUCUUAAGGAUUCCAAGUAAGAAGGGUACGUGGCUGGCUCGGUCAGAAAGCCUGUGACUCUUCAUCUCAAGGUUGUGAGUUGGAGCCCCAUGUUGGGUGUAGAGAUUACUUAAAAAAA